AUGACCGCGUUCGACGACGCCACCGAGCGGGCCAGUCUGCCCCGCGAGGGACAUUCGGGCGAGGGCCCGAAGCCCCUGCCGGCCAAGGGCACCUCCAUCAUUCAAUUGGCCCUGGACGCACCGAACGGCUCCGAGAUGCAGCGCGCUCUGAGCCUGUUCGACCGGAACAAGGACGGCCACGUCGACGCCACGGAGCUCGUGGAAGCCUACCACGCGUACAAGAACAUGCGCACCGAGCGCACGUUUUGGCGCCGGGUGAUCGCCGGCUCCGUAGUCUUCUUUUUCCUUCUGCUGGCGUGCAUGACUGGGCUGGUCGUGGCCGUCGUGCUCCUGUCGAAGGAGGUCGAGGUGGGCGACGACGGCGUGCUGCUGAGCAGCUCCGGCUCGACGCCCGUGCGCACCGCCGCGUCGCUGGGCUCGGUCACGUUUGCCGCGACAAAGGAGGGCCGGAGGCGCAGCCGCCGCGGGCUGCAGCAGGACGCCACCUCCGUCGGGAGGAUGAUGGCCACCGCAACGUGCAAGCAGGCCGAGGAGUGGUUCACGCAACUCGCGCGCGAGAACACGGGCGGCCUCGUGAAGAUGGAGUGGAAGAGCACCACGCACGUCUUCGACUGCCGCGCGGGCGUCUUCAGCGCGCCGCAGGGCUGGAUCGACGCCAUGUGCGCCGUCGAGGGCGAGAGUGACGCCGUAGCGCCGUACCGGCUGGACUGCGGGUCGGCCAUCUCGUCCAUGGACGUCGACAGCGACGACUGCACGUGCCCCAUCCACCUUCGCGAGGGCACGCCGGAGGUCGCGGCAACGCAGGGCGGGCGCCGCAAGCUCCUUGACGCGCCCGGCGGCGCCGAGACGCUCACUGCGGCGCGCGCGCAGGUCGCGCGGCUCCUCGAGUUGGGCGCUGACGGCGACGACGAGCUCGCGUACGUGGGUUCGAUGGACAGGCACCACGUCGAGACGAUGAUGAGCGGCGGCGGGCGCAGGCACAUGGUGCGCGUGGACACGGAGCGGCUGAGCAGCGUGCCGGUGGCGGCUCGGUUUUCGCGGUCCGUGGCGACGGCGGACGGGUGGCAGGUCGUGGCGUGGGACGCGCGGGCCGCGAGCGGCGCGGUGGCGUGCCCGCCCGCGAGCGCGACGUGCGUGGUGCUGGCGCAGAGCUCGCGCCUGGUCCGGAAGAUGCUGGGCCUCGGCGGCGGGGACCGCGCGCGCCGCGAGGCGCAGCUCGCACCUGACGUGCUGUCGGGCGCGAGGCAAUCCGAGGCGGUGCGGAUCGACAACGAGGAGUACGAGCGCUCGCUGCUGAAGGAGCUGCUGGCCGAGGGGCGCGCGCCCGGGCGCGAAAGGAGCUUGCAGCUCGCGCCCGGCGUGUCGCCAUGCCGCGCCUUCACAAGCGAGUCCAGGUGCCACGCCGAGGUCGUUUCCGGUCAGCGCGUUUGCAAAUGGUUUCACGGUUCGCUUUGCGCGAGUCGUGCGUGCGAGGAUGCCGGAAGAGACACUACGAAGUGCGCGGCCAUCAGCUCGUACCGCACCAAGUGCCCGAUCAACAACGAGUACUGCGCGAUCGGCCCCACGGUGUUCGACGGAUACAAGUGCGUCGGGUACCUUGACAGCUGUCCCGCCCCGCCCAGCUCCAGCGAGGGCUGCCUCACGGGCGGCGCGCGCCUGCUCGGCCCCUCUGGUCGCUGGACCCCCGUCGAGGACGCCCGGAUCGGCGACAUGGUCGCCGUGCAGGGUCCCGGGGGGACUGUUUUGUUUUCGCGCAUCGCGUGGUUCGGUCAGAUGGGCCCGAACCGCAAGGCCCUGUCGGUGGAGGUGACGACGCGGGCGGGCGCGCGGGUGACGGUGACGGCGUCGCACUACCUGAUCGCGCGGAGCGCGGGCGGCGCGGCGCGGCGGGUGAGGGCGGACGCGGUGCGCGUGGGCUGGGAGGUGCCUGUGCUGCGCGACGGGCUGCCGGGGGCGGCGGACGACGACGAUGUGGCCGGGCAGGUGCCGUCCGGGACGGUGUGGGACGUCGUGGACACGGUGCGCGUGGAGGAGAAGCUCGGUGUCUGGAGCAUCCACACGGCGUCGGGGCUGCCUCUGAUCGUGGACGGCGUCGCGGCGUCGGAGCACGCGGACAACGGCAUGGAGCCCGUCGUCAAGAUCCUGCACAAGCCCUUCUCCGUGCUCACGUGGCUCUUCCCAGAUACCGCUCAGCGGGUCAACACCUGGCUGGUGCGCAUGGCGCAUGGCAGGCCCGGGAGCAUCGGCACGGUGGUGGGCGGCGUGGACGCGCAGCGCGUGCUGUGGUGGGUCGUGGACGCCCUGAAGACGGCGUCGACGCUCGUGGGCGGCGGCGGCGCGCGCGCGGAGCUGAGCGCAGCUGCGUAG